GCUCCGCGUGAGCCUUCCUGGGAUAGUGAACCUAAUUACCUCGCCAGACUCUGCCAAGUCUUAGUGGUGGGGAGGGAUUGUGGGUGCCCCGCCCUUUUCAUGUAGAGGGGGCGGGGCAAUGGGCAAUGACGGCAUCAGAGGGCGUCCGAAGAGGGAGAGGACGUGUUUUGGAGAUGCUGGAGUCGCUGUUGGCUUUUGGUGGCCUGGUGCUGCUGCGGGACUCCGUGGAGUGGGAGGGGCGCAGUCUCUUGAAGGCGCUUAUCAAGAAAUCUGCACUGUGUGGGAAGCAAGUCCACAUCCUGGGCUGUGAAGUGAGCGAAGAAGAGUUUCGUGAAGGUUUUGACUCCAAUGUCAACAGCCAGCUGGUUUACCAUGACCUCUUUAGAGACCCUCUCAACUGGUCAAAGCCUGGGGAAGCCCUUCCUGGGGGGCCCCUGGAAGCCUUGAGGGCCCUGUGCAGGAGGAGAGAUCUUGGCCCUGUCACCAUUGCUCUGGAUUCCCUCAGCUGGCUGCUGCUUCACCUUCCCUGCACCACGCUCUGCCAGACCCUGCACGCGCUGAGCCGUCAGGACUCCUGCCCUGGUGAUGGCUCCUCAGGAGAGCUGGUGCAUGUGCUGGGCCUGCUGCAUGAAGAGCUUCAUGGCCCAGGCCCCUUGGGAGCACUGAGCAGCCUUGCUCAGACCGAGGUGACCCUGAGCGGUACAAUGGGCCAGGCCUCGGCCCACAUCCUCUGUCGGAGGCCCCGACAGCGGCCCACCCAGCAGACUCAGCGGUUCUCUGUCCUUCCUGACUUCAGUGUGGAGCUCCAAGGGGGGCUGCCUCUAGAGUCCCAGCCCCACCCAGAUCCUUAUACUUCCUCGGUGGACCCCACGGCUCAUUUGACUUUUAACCUUCGCCUGUCCAAGAAAGAGAGAGAAGCCAAAGAUAGCCUGACCCUGCCCUUCCAGUUCAGCUCGGAAAAACAGCAGGCUCUGCUGCGCCCUGGGCCAGGCCAGGCUACCAGCCACAUCUUCUAUGAGCCAGAUGCUUACGAUGAUCUGGAUCAAGAAGACCCAGAUGAUGACUUAGAUGUCUGACUGGCGAGAUUUGACUAGACUGUAAUUGGAGGGGGACGAGGGAGACCUUGGGCCCAUGACCAUCCUCCCAUUAUUUGUGUUGGUCUUAGCUUCCCUCUGCCCCGUCUUUGUUUCCUGUGUCUGUGGAGGCCCUGUCCUGUGACCCAUGAGCCAGGGAGCAACUUCCAGUGAGAGAAAGUGGGAUGGGGGCAUAAGGGAAGGUGACACCACCACCCCCCAAGCCUAAUAAAAUCUUUAUUUUUUUAAU